CUAAAUAAAUGGAGAUCUUACUGCCUUCUGUGUUUUGCUAAAUGAUCUGGAACUACCAGCGCGUUUGUCUGUGGAAUUGAACCACAGAUGGUAAUUGUAGGCUAGAUUGCACUCCGUGUUUGCUGUCUUGAAGAUCCUGCAUAAAAUUCUCAUGAUGGUUAAUUCUAUUUGCCUGUGGUUACUUAACUCUCUUUGUAGAGUUAAACCAAGGAUAGCAAUAGCUAUAGUUUUCCCCUUAUUUUGAGCAGAGCGCUUCCCAAAUGGAGGCAGAGCAAAGGAAGUGGUGCUAUGGCAUUAAAAUUUGGUAAUUGGGUUGGAAACUGCCUUGGAGUGGUUGACUUCAUGGAGGGCAGCCUGUAGAGUGGUUUGGGUUAAGGCUAAAGCUGAGGCAUAGAGAGCUGUCUGUUUGAUGUGUGCUCUCAGGGUACAGCUAUGUGCUACACUAAUAUUAAACUCCCGUAUUUCCCUUCAGCCCGUUGUUAAACGUGGGAUAUGCUGGUGUUACACUGGAAAUAUUUGUGGUGCUGAUGUAAAGUGUAUAUGAAAAGAAGAGGUCAUCUUGUAAUGGAAGAAAAUGAAGCUGACCAUAACAUUGCUAUGGAAGGAUCUAAUGAUUUGUUCAUAGGCAACUGUAAUGGUACAGGAGAGUCAGAAACAAAUGGUCAGGUUUUUCAGCAUCUAACCUGCAUGGAUUCCAGGGAUCCAUUCUUUGGACAGAGCGACUCUCCCACAGCCUUGCCCAUCGCAGUACGCCUCUCGGGCAGCUCUCCAUCAUCAGCUGCGCCUGCACGGCCACCCCAGCCACAGCCUGACUCCACUGAGGAGUCCCACCUGGUGGACCAAACUGGGCAGCCUCUCUAUGAGCUGCAGCCCCUCGGAGGGCCCAGUGCACCGAUGAUGAUUGUUGCCAGCCAGUCAGAAAAUGGACAGGUGCUGCAUGUCAUUCCUUCUGCCCAGCCAGGAAUGGCCCAAGUGAUUAUUCCUCAAGGUCAACUUCUGGAUGUGACCAGCACGCAGGAUGUUUCAGAGGAGAAGUGUGGUGAUGGGAACUUGCAGACUGUAGUAGUGGCUGCUAUAGCAGACAGUGGAAGCAGUUACAUUCUACAUCCACAGGCAUCUCUCACCGUAUCGAAAAAAACAACCACCAGGGUAUUGGAAGAUCCCUUUCCCAUCCCUCUCCAGCUAUUGCCACCAAAUACACCUGCAUGGGCACGUCGUCUCAGGAACUGCGAGAAAAUUGGGGACUCAUACCGCGGCUAUUGUGUGAGCGAGACAGAAUUAGAGAGUGUUCUAACGCUACACAAGCAGCAAACACAAAGUGUGUGGGGGACGCGCCAGUCUCCAAGCCCAGCCAAACCCGCCACACGGUUGAUGUGGAAAUCUCAGUAUGUCCCAUAUGAUGGGAUCCCCUUUGUCAAUGCAGGAAGCAGAGCCAUUGUAAUGGAGUGCCAAUACGGGCCAAGGAGGAAAGGGUUCCAGCCCAAAAAAGCUGGUGAGCAGGAAGGCACCCCUUGCCAUCUGUACAAAGCCACUUGUCCAGCAAGGAUCUAUAUUAAAAAGGUCCAGAAGUUUCCGGAAUACAGGGUUCCUACUGACCCUAAAAUUGACAAGAAAAUCAUAAGGAUGGAGCAGGAGAAAGCAUUCAACAUGCUGAAGAAGAACUUGAUAGAUGCUGGUGGUGUCCUCAGGUGGUAUGUACAGUUACCCACUCAGCAAGCCCACCAGUAUCAUGAAAUGGAAACUUCCUGCCUCCCUUCUUCACCCUCCCAUUUUUCUGUGCCUUCUCCUGAGGAGGAGGAGGAAGUUGUUAGAGACGAGAACUGUGUUCUGCCUUCCCGACUUCAUCCUCAAGUGGCAGACAAGAUCCGAGAGCUGGUGUCUCAGGGAAUAGAGCAGGUCUAUGCAGUGAGGAAGCAACUGAGAAAGUAUGUGGAAAGAGAAUUAUUCAAGCCUGAUGAAGUGCCAGAAAGACAUAACCUGUCCUUCUUCCCCACUGUGAAUGACAUCAAGAACCACAUUCACGAAGUGCAGAAGUCCCUGAGGAAUGGCGAGGUGGUGUAUAAUUCGGAAAGUAUCCCAGCAACGCUGCAGUGGACCACAGACAGUGGGAAUGUUCUCACAGAAACAGUGACUGUUACGUUUGCCUCGCCACCUUCGGAUGGGAGCUCAGCAGGGGAGUCGCUUGUCACCAAAGCAGAAUCCAUCCAGAGUGGGGAGUCCUUGCUACCAGAAACAGCUCAGCUAUUGUCUUCACUCUCUUCACUUCAGCCCAAGAUAUUUGCACAACUUCAGGGAUUACAGCUGCAGUCAACUUUUACGUCCACAAAUGGAUCAACAGCCCUGAUAGCUGUAAAUAACCAUUCCCCUCCCAGCCCUGCAAGUCUCCUAGAUUCCACAGGGAGCGCAGUAACCAGCCAUCCUCUAGUACUUAGUCAGGGACACAGUCUGCAAACAGGUGCUGGCCUAACACAGCAUAGCACUGCUACCUCUGCUUUUGGGACUCCACCUGGCCCUGAUCAGAGUCUGGUCACCAUGGGCCAGCUGGUAGCAGUUGGAGGGGUAGAUGACUCCAGAAGCCUAGAAGGAGGAGUCCAUCAGAUUCUCUUGGGAGAUUUACAGACUAUUCCAGUGCGGAUUGUGGACAGCCAUCGAGCACUUACUGAAGAAAAUGCAGAGGGAGUUAUCUGUGUGAGCCAAGUUAAACAAGAGCCAAGAGAAAAAGUAUUGUCUGUGGAGCCAGAUAAAAUCAGAGGCUGCCAUAGUUCCUCACCUGUUUAAAUCUGUGAAGCCUGGAAGGAUUUUUCAAAGUGAAGAACUCCAAAUGGAAGGUGCUCUCAAAGUAAUGCCAUUCUUGUUAAAUUGUAUUGUGACAUUCAGACUAGGCAUAUUUUUAUGGUAGUUUUGAUUUAUGACUGAUGUGGCACACUGCCAAUGCCAGGUCAUUCAGUUGCCCUAUGGAACAGCACCUCUCUUUUCUGUUUCAAGCUUUGAGUAAUUGGAUGUUAUCCAAAUGGCCCAUUUCGGUCAACAUUUCUGAAGGUCUUCCACAAUUUAAUUCCUUAGCUUUAGAAUAUGGAUCACAAUGCUGGGUUUGCUUUUCUCCUUGAGACUUUCGACUGUUAUGGCACUACAGAGACCAUAGAUUCUGCCAGCUCCAAGACCACAGAAUCCAACAGCACAGUGUGUCUAUACAGCAGUGGUUUGUGACAAAAUGAAGGUCCAAGAUGCUAAAUGUCAAAGUGAUGAAGGACAUGGAUGCUUAAGGAAAUGCAACUUUGACCUGAUCAUAAUGUUAAUGAUGUGAAGAUCAAGGAGAGGAGAAAGGUGAGAUUGCCAGGUGAACGUAACGUGAUAUGAUGGAGAAAAGUGUGCGAAUUGUAAUGGUGAAUGUUUUCAACUUUGACAUCUUUGAACUUAUGUUCUGGCUUUAUAAUGAAUUUCAUUGCAGUAUAUGGUAUUUGCAGUGGUACUGUAUUAGCAGUUGGUCAUAACUAAAUACAGGAGUCUUGCCUCAUGGAAAAUGAUACUGCUGUUUCAGCUUAGCUACCUUUUGCUUUAUGCGCUUAAGGCUAUUAGCUCAGAUAAAUAUGAUUUAACCUGCUGCCAUUCAUGAUGUAGGGCUUAUGGGUACAUUUCUAACAAAGAAAGGCCCGAGAAAACAAAGCAAGUAAUAUGAAUUCAAGCAAUAUAUGCAAGCGUGCUGUCACUAUAGUGUGCAGAAAACAAACUCAUCUUUUUCAACUGUGGCAGCUCCUAAGACUGAAGUGGUCCAUAUUACUUGAAAUAAUUACCAGGGAUCUUUAUAAAAACGAAUAUGAUAAAGAAAUAUCUUUUAGCAAUACUUAAGCCAAAGCCAUAAGUGACAACCGUUGAAUUGUGUAAUGUGACAGACAUGUUUCUUUGAGGGGAAAAAAAAAAAUCUACAAAUAACUUGGAAUCCAUUUAAAGAAUGAAAUGAAACUGAUGCCAAUGUAGAUAUUGAAUUAAACAAUGACAUUGUUUACUUCAGAUGUUGAAUUCUCAGAGCAAUGUUCAAAGUGGUUUGUAUAGAGCAAUAUCAGCAGUUCUGUUACUAGUUCCUACUAAGUGGUUGAGAUUUUGAUCAUAAAAUUAGAUUAUUUCUUUUCUGCAUGCUGUAUAAGAAUGCAGCCUGAGGACUUUCUCUUUUUCAGACUUAAAAAAACAAACCAAAUCACAAAAAAAAACCAAAACCAAAAAAAGAGAAAUCUGAAAUAGAUUGGUCCAUUCAUGUAGAGAUAAAAUGUUAGAAGGAUUAUGUGAACAUAAAGAUUUAAAUUUCUAAAUCGUGAAAUUUGUUAACAUACAUCAAGCAUCAUCUAAAUAGUGGCCAUUGCAAAUUAAUUGUGUUUUGAGUAUUGAAAGCUAAAGCUUUCAAAAGUCUCCCAUUGAACUUGGGUUCCUAAUGCAGCAUCUGUUAGGUAAGUGCUGUAUCUUAGUCUUACCUUGACAUAUAUUAACUUCUGUGAGGUUAACUAACGUUGUUAAUGCUGUUCAUUUAAAGCUAAUAUUUAUUGGUUAGCUUAAAUUAGAAUUUUCCAACAGGAUCAUCCUCUUAUUAAAUAAGAGUCAGUAUUUUAUCAUGCAGGUGCAUAGAGAAUCUCCAGUUCUUUGGAGUCUUUCAUAUUUUGUUUCUACACUGACUCGCUUUGUGGUAUGCCUUACUCAUUUCUGGGUAGGUAAAAUCCUACAAGGUUCACCCUUUUGUUGUUUCUGUAGUUGUUUUUAAUUGUGAAAAUAUGUCCAAAAUGGAUGUUCUCUGCUGCAGUCAUAGUUCUGGAGCACACAGGCAGCUGUGACCUUUUGUUUCCCAACUUAGUAACUAUGUACCAGAAUGAGUACCUCCUCCUGCCCUGCUUUAUUCAGUGACUCCAUCACUGAAUAAAGUGAUGGAGUUUUUGUUUUUUCUUAGAGUUUAAACUAAUGCAUUCCAAAGUAUAUUCCUCUUUCUUAAUAUUACUAAUUUUUGGAAAUGCUUAUUCCCAAAAGAACAAAUUACAUCUAAAGAUUACCAGCAAGAGGUUAUUUUGGUUUAGUUCUCUUCAAAGCAGACAGUAGAUUUGUGGUUGCAAUAAAAGCUUAAGGAAAGAGAAGUUUCAUUUUCAUUACAUUUUAGUUCCCUCAUUAACAGGUCUGUUCUUUAACAGUCAUUGUUCAUCCCAGCACAGGAUGGCCUACAGUCUCAUCCUGUGCUGAACAAUAUUCCUGAUGGUACUUUUAUUUUUGGUUUAGUGCUCACAGCUGGAGGAAAUACUCUUUUAGAACAUCUGGAAUUGCGGGCUGUGAAAUGUGAAAUGAAUUUUAUAAUCUACGCUGAUUUGCACAGUACCCUGAAAACAAGAGAACAAAGUUGGGAGAAAUUUAAAGCAGCAGAAAAAAAUUAGUUGUUUUUAAAAGCUGGACAUGAGAGUUGCUAUUCCAAUCAUUGAGAAAAUUUGAAAUGCUUCUUCAGCCAAUACUCAAGUUUUGUUUUCAGUUUCCUUCAUUUUCACAGAAUUUCAGUUGUCUUCCAAAUACAUAUUCCAGUUUAUUAUUGUGUUGGUUUUUAAUUUAGUGUAACCUUUCCUCUUUAAAUCUGUUUACAUUUGCUUUGUGCAUGUUGCUGAUGAAGGAACACAAACUCAUCACCCAUAUCCAGUCUCUAAUUAAGCUUAACACCUGUGUUCACUAAUGUCCACCUAAAUUUUACAGAAAAGAAUCUUCUUAUGUAUAUGAAAAAACCCACAAGUAAACAAUAAUACUUUCAAUGCAGUUAAAUUUGUUUGAAUAGAAUACUCAAGGUUGAUUUUUCAGAGAAAGCUGUGUAGCUUGGUGGAAAGUAGUUGGUUAUUACUCUGUGUUGGAAUUGUAGCUGUUUUUCUGAUGUUUACUUUAUUUUCUUGUUAUGUUCAAGCAUUUCUUUUGCAAACCUAGAAAUCCUGAGCUCCUGAGUACUGUAAAUGAACAAAUUCUUCUCCAGUUUAUCCUCAUUAUCGGUUACCCAUAACAGUGCUCAGUUGGCUUUACAAGAAGGGCUGUGCUUAUGUACGUGCAUACAAAAAUAACUUCUUGCUAGAAUGUACGGAAGACAUAAAAAGGCACAUGUCCAUAGCUCUUGUUCAAGGCUGGCAGCCUCUUGGAUGGAAACCAGUAGUGUUAAUGAGUCCUUUUUGUGCUAUAAAGAUAGUUGCAAUUUGUACAGAUUUUAGAGAGGCAAAUAACUGUAUAUGUAUGUGUGUGUAUAUAUAUAUUUAUAUAGUAACCUAAUAUGUAAUAUUCCUGUUCAAAUGUAAACUACUUUUUCUUUUAAAGUAAUGGUCUAUGUUGUGGUUAUGGGGGCCCAUGGGGAGAAAUGCAAGAGCUACUUCAGGGCAGUGGUUUCUGGGAAUGAAGGAGAACAAGUAGGACAGCUCCAGGGAGACCAGACGGAAGAAGCUCCUGAAGGUGUGUGAAAAGCAAGGGUCCUGUUGGGAAGGGCUGGAGUGGGCUGUGCUUUGGGGGUUCUGGAGCCCUGGAGGGGGAUUAUGAGCACAUUGCAAAGGCUCAGUGCAGCUCCUCAAUCUAUGCCAGCAGUGGAUAGAGUGAGUUCAUGGUAGGAAUUUAAAGGAAUAGAGGAAAAGAGUAGCCUCUCCUGCCUCCAAAACCAACAAAGCUGUUUGAGUUUUGGUGAGUGCCAGAGGCAGGUAAAUGACUUCCUGUAGUCUGAGAUGCCCGUUUUUAUCUUCUAAUGUGAAUUAAAAAUGCCUCUUGGAGCUUCACCAGGAGCCUAGACUCUUUUCCUUUACAUGUUAACCAUGGAAAAUACACCCUUUCUUCCCAACUAAAUUAACUUGUUUCUCUCAUCCCUCUGGCUGCAGCUCUGCCUACCUCAAGCAUGGACCACCCAGGUCUCUCUUCCUUCACACUUAGUAGGGCUUCCACCCAAGUCCUGUACCCUCAGGCCCUCUGAUUCUCAAUGUUUCACUGUUACACUGUUGGAGCUGCUGGUGAGUUCACUGCACAAGUAAAUAGUGGUGACAUUUGCUCCUGUCAGUUUUUCUUCCUGUCUCCCCAGGAUCCUAAGUGCAUACAUUCCUUUGAAUUGCAUUAAGUAUUUUCCUUGCUUUGGGGCUUGUCAUCCUUACCUGGGUGAAUAUCAGGCAGCCACAUUUCACAAGACACUUGUUACCUUCACAACAACUGAAAAAAAUUGAGAAAACAAGGAGAAAAUUGUAGUUUCUGACAGCUGUUAGGACUUUGUAAAGAAAUCAACUGGCCUCUUUCCUUUCACAUUUGAGUUCCUGAUUCUGGCUGUGGAUAGUAGCUGGCUGUUGACUUGUCUGUAUGUUGGCAAACUCACAAUUUGCUGCCUUAAUCCUGUUCAAACAGAUAUGUUCUUAGAAGAUUAGGCAGGAAUAAUCUGUUCUAUUAGGGAUAGAAAGUGUGAUACAGCUGAGGAUGGUGCUGUGAAAAGUCACUACUCUUUGUGGAUCUCUGGUGAGAAAAUUAUCCUUGAACUGCCCUUCCCUUCUGAACAAAGCUUUCAUAGGAAUGACCUUCAGAGCCUUUUCCAUCAGUAAUGAUUAUCUUCUCCCAGCAACAGUGCACUUCAUUAAUGAUGAAACAAACAUUGUGUAGAACAGGCUGUGUUGAUUUUGGUUCUUUUUCAGGUCAGAAGCUAUCCAGCAGCUCUCUCCAACAAGCAACAACUAAGCUGUUCUUUCUGCUUGCCCACUCAAGAAGUUGUACAAGCCUGCAAGGGACAUGGAGAUCAUGAAGAAGGUAUGUAAGAUCUUAUGGGAGGACCUGCAGGAAUGGAAUGGAGGAGAUUAAAGUUUGAUGACAUGACUUCUAUAAAGCCCACAUUAUUUGGUGGGAGGAAGAGCAUUUUUCAAUAAAGCAUAAAAGUAAAUCUUUUCAGAAGUAUUAGGCUUAUUGACCUGCUUGACAAGAUGCCUAGUGUUUGGACAGAUCUCAGUGUUUUAUGAGUAUGUACCAAAAUAUGCCUAUCCAUGCAUUACCAUCUUUGCAUGUCGUACUGAAAUUGUAGCCCUCCUAGUCUUCAUGUUGCCUGUGUAUGUUUUCUAAAAGUAAUGAGAGUUUUUGUCUGAAGUCCUUCCAGAUACAUGCUUUCUGCAGAGUAAGCUUUAACUUAAAAGUGGAUGAUGAUGUGUUUCUGCAGAAAUUCCUUAUGAGGAAAUAUCACAAGGUUAGAAGUGUACACCAAUAACCUAAAACAACCAAAGCCUUUUCCAAUUAUUUUUUUUUCUUUUUAUCCAGAACAGGAAGCAUUCCAAACUGUCCUUCAAAACCACCGCAUUCAGAGUCUGAAAGGUUUAGCACUUUUCUUCCUGAAUAGGUGAUCUUCCAUCUAUGCUGCAAAUCACUGUGUUGAGGGUCUUCCACAAAAAAAGAACAGCAAUUCUAGAACCAAACUGGCGCAGGGGAGGAGGUGGGGUAGGAAACAGGGAUGACACCAGAAUCCUUAACACCUCUUCCAUCACAAGGGCACUUUUCUUUUUCACUUUUCAUUUGUGUGAUCUGACCUGGUUACUUGGCAAUGUGUCAAUAACAAUAUCUGCAAACCAUAGUUUGUUUAUAAAUGUGUCUCCUCAAGUCUAGAUGUGACAACUUUUCUUUGUGCUUGGAAUUUGCAUUGGUUUAGUGAAACCAGUGUUGUCAUAAAUGGUCAAAUCUCAAGAACUGACAGGGCCUUCAGCGGUGAAUUUUGUCUUAAUCUGAGCUCUGAGCUGGGGACAAAUUCUGAGGCUAUGCCCAUGCACUACUUGUUGAGCAGAAGAAAAGCCUCCCAUUUCUUCCAGCUGCCAAGAGGAGCUGCAUUUGUGUUUUUUACCUGAUGCACAGCUGCUCAUAUUUAUCUCCUCAGGAGAUAAAUGGAUGGCUCAUGGAAUUCUGCUUUCCAUCUUAAGGGAAUUUAAGAGGUCCCCCUAUAUGAAAACUUGAUGGACAAUGUACAUAGUCUGAGUUGGGAGCACCUGGAACAGUCACCCUUGAGCAUGCUGUAAUUUAGGAAUGGGAGCUGCUAGAAGGAAUAAGAAACUAAAGAAUAUAAUAGCAAAAGUAGGCAUUCUUGCUCUUCAUGUAGUACUCUCCACGUGAUAUCUUUUCUUAAACAUCUUGAGAGAAACACUGGUCAGCAGUGGGAGGAAAACAAAUCUCAGUUUCUUCCCCCUUCCCCUUCAACUUCUACUGUUAUACUGUUUUUGCAAAUUAGCCACAAGUUUGGCCUAAGGAUUAUCUUCUAUUGUAGAUCUAAGUGUGCAGUGUUUAAUUCCUAAAGGACUGUGCUGAAAGUUCAGUUGUGCUUUGUCAGGUCACUGUUCUUUUAGACAUAAAUUUAACUUUUUCUUACAGAUAUUUCUCUUAAGGUUAAAAUUAAAUGGGAGAGAGAAAUGGAAACUAAUUAUUUAUGUUUCUUACAGAUGACACUCUUGAGUUUUCUGAAGUGUGCAGGUGUUUCCUCCUUGGCUUCUACUUUUAGCUCUUAGUUCACCGUGUGUUGAAUGUUUUCUCAGGAUCACUUACCUGUGAGGGUGCUUCAGAUAACUGGGAAGAAACCAGAGCCAAGAACAGAAGAGGAAGUGAAGUUUGUAAAAAGCUGCUUGCAGGAGAUAGAAAGCUCUCAAAGUUACAGCUCAAGAUUGCAGGUUUUUUCUGUCUGAAGUGGUUCACUUUAAAUGUGCACUAGUUAUCUUCUGAAUGCAAACUGGUGUAACAUCUCCAUGUUCUUGGCUGUUGACAAAGCUGUUAUCACAUCUGAGGAGUUUUGUACAUGAAAGGAUAUGGAGAAAGUGGGAACCUUCGUGACCUUCUUACUUCUAUUGAGAACAGAUGAUCUGUGGAAAGAGGGCUUUGCCAGUUUUAAGUCAAUGUCUUCACAGUAAUUCGAUGGGUGCAUAGGUUUUUUAUGUCAGGUUCUAGUGUGUGUCUAACCUUCAACAUAAUACAAGCCAUAAAAUUACCUCUCCCUGGCCUCCCCAUUUGUUCUUUUUUUUUGGGAGUGGGGGAAUUGUUUGAACAUGUUCUCAUCUACUGCUUUUCUGCCUUUUUCCUAUUGCCUUUUCCAUGCAGAGUAGCACAGAAAAAAAAAUUUCUCCUUAAAAAAACUGCUUUAUCAUCCUGUUUCCCAUGUUUGGGGAUAAAUAUCCUCUCAGCUGGAGAGGAUACUGGAGGUUGAUUCCUUGUAUGACUGAAAUAUAAGAUGCUGUUAUUGUUACCCUUUUCUUGGGAGGGGGAGAUACUGGGGUGAGCUUCCCUGUCCCCUUUGCUCCACAAGUUCUUGCAGAAAGCACCUGCCACAGGUUCUGCUCCUGUAUCUGUGUCCCAACAGUUGGCCAGCACAACUACAGAGCUGCGGUGAUGGGAGCAGUGUCUUGAGCUCUGUGUACCAGCAAAUUAUCAGUAUGAGUAACUGUCCUUCACCCCCUUAUAUUGUUUUGAAUCCAGAUCAGCCUGUGGAUCUGGCCCAUCGUGCACCCCACAAAUGACUCUUUGGGUAUGACUUGAAGGGAAACACUGGAGACAGGGUCAGCAAGUUCUUCAUCUCCAGCUAUUAGGUAAUGCUUCUCUAUUGGUUGUGGAUGGCCCUGUGCAGGACACAGCUGGUUCCAGUCAGCUCUGCAAUGGUCGCGCUGCAAGACGCAUCUGAGUUCAUACAUGAAGCGGGUGGCACCUCUGUGAAAGCAUGUUAAAGAAAAGACAAAAUGCUGCAUGGCAGAGAAGAGUGAGGAAGAAAGUGAGAAAAACAGUCCUCUGAGCACCAAGGUCUGAGAAGAACGAGAGGGAGGAAUUGCUUCAGGUGCUGGAGCAGGUGUUUCCCUGCAGCCCACACAGGACCCCAUGCUGGAGCAGAUGGAGAUUUCCUGAAGAAACUGCAGUUCAUGGAGAGGAGCCGUGCAGGAGCAGGUUCAUGCUGAAGGACUGCAGCCUGUGGAGCAGACCUGUGGGGAACGGGAAAAGUGUGAGGAGGAUGGAGCGAUAGAAAGGAGCUGUUACAGACUGAUUGCAACCCCCUCUUGCCCUGUGCUGCUUCAGGUUGGGGAAAGUAGAGCAGUUGGGGGUUGAAGGUGUGAAGUUGAGCUUGGGGAAGAGGGUAGCAUGAGGGGAAGGUGCUGGUUUAAUUUAUAUUUGGUUUUCACUAAUUUUAUCUAUUUUAAUUGGCAAUAAAUUAAUUUUCCUCACAUUGAA